GGGGGGCAAAGCGCGGCCCCGCGAGCAGUUGCGGCGGGAGAGCGGCGGGCCGAGAGCGUGACUUGCCCGCUCCCGCGCUGCCUAAUUCCUUUCCUCCGCUCAGCCACCCCGCCACCGCUCGCAAUCAUGUCUGAGGAAAAGCCCAAGGAGGGAGUGAAGACAGAGAAUGACCACAUCAACCUGAAAGUGGCCGGGCAGGAUGGCUCUGUGGUCCAGUUCAAGAUCAAGAGACACACCCCACUGAGCAAGCUGAUGAAGGCCUACUGUGAGCGGCAGGGCUUGUCAAUGAGACAGAUCAGAUUCCGGUUUGACGGCCAGCCAAUUAAUGAAGCAGACACCCCGGCCCAGCUGGAAAUGGAGGACGAAGACACCAUCGACGUGUUCCAGCAGCAGACAGGAGGCUCGAGGGUGACUGGCUGCCUCUUGGGAUGUGGUCUCUAGAGGGACCAGCCCCACUUUGUCACUGUCCUUGCAUUUGCUGUCAAAUAGUGAACAUGUGACCAUGCCAAUCACAAAGGAGUCUGCAGGAACCAAGGACAUCCACCAAAAUUCCUUUCCUCUCUGACAUGCUGCAGGUGCAACUCAAACCGUCUGCAGGGACAAAUCCUCGCCUGAAACCAGGCCAGCCACAGUGUCAUGUUUGUUUAGGAAAAUGAGUUGCAAAAUUUCUGGGGUUUGUUUUUGCUUUCAUUUUUGUCUUUCCCCUCCUAUGACAUUUCCCUGAAGCUUGUGGUGUGAAUGUCCUCUUAGUCUAGAUGGGGAUUGUAUCCUAGGUAUUAAAUAAGCCCUCCUGCUUAUUUUAUCACAUACAGAGCUCAUGUCACCAAAGUCGGGGUGCUUCUGUGGGACACAUUUUGGGGGCAUUGUGGGGAUGGGAGACAAACUUCCACUUACUGUUUCUUGUAGGUUUUUAAAAUACUAACUAUUGCAAGUUUAGAUUUUGUGGGAAUAUAGUAAAGUUGAAGGGAGAAUACUGGAAUGCGUUUUAGAAGGUGAAAAGAAAAUAACCAAGUCCCUCCAUAGUGUGGCCCUGGACGCUCUGUUCCUCUGCUGUCUGCUUGGGCAGAGGUGGGCCUAAGGCCCCCCACAGUGCACGGGCAAAGUGGGGUGCAGCGGAAAUAGGCUUUUCCCCUUUUCUUUUUUUAAAAAAAUUUCAGUUACCGUUUAUAUUCAAUAUGAUUUUGUAUUAAUUUCAGGUGUCCUCCUUUGUUAAUACACAGGAAAGUAAUUCCCACGUUUCUCACCUGGUAGUGCACUGUGGCCUCAGAGUUCUUCCAGUAUUUGCUUCUGAUGAGUACUUAUGGUCUCUACAUAAAAAGUACGAUUAGGUAUUUCUGACUUUGCAGUGACAUUUUUGUGUAAAAGAGCUACUUCAAAGUGCAGUUACAAGUGGGCCCUGGGCAAAGACAACUUCAUGUCCUCACGGACUGUGCUCUGCCGCUUUCCAACAUUAGCCGUGAUUUCAUUUCGGUGAAGCAUUUUGGGACCUGUUCAGUUCUCCUCCUGCCCUUCCAUGUGGAGCCCCUGCUGCCUGGUGGCCCUGCUCUGCCUCGUUCUGGCACCUGGACAGUGCGACCUCGACCAUCUCUUGCUUGCCUGGAAUCUUGCCUUUGUGUUUCGCUGUUGGGGCGUGGAUGUGGUGUCUGCUGGCUCUGCUGUUUGUUCACAAUUUGUACAUUCUUUGUUGUCCUUUACUACUGUACACAGUAAAUAUAGUUUGGUAUUCUGUC